UUGUCUUUAUACAAUAUAUUUAACUGGUCUAGACAUGGUGUGGUCUAUUGGGUUUCUCGUCAUUUCAACAUACAGCUUUAAAGAACAAAUAUUGAUAACAUUUUAGGAUCAGCGCCAUAGGAUUCCCACGGUAGCCAGCGUCUGUGACGACACCUGAGCUUAUUAAAAUGGCGCCCAUAGAGUCAUAGAACGUACUUCAACAUAUCCAACGUAUUUUCCAGCCAGUAGACUAAUCCAUCUUGCGCGUAGCGCUCUAGAAUCUUUGGUUUCAACGGCACAUGAACGGUUAGACCGAGAAUUCUCGUCAUGAAAUUAAAAUUCCACUGGAGCUCUAAGCGGUUGUGUAUACAGCCUUACAACACUGUUUACAGCUCUUAGAGUCACGGUAUCCAUUCUCUUCAUGCUCAUGGCUUGGCCAGUCUGGGAACUUCAUCUCCCAAGAGCAUUAAUAUGUUAAUAUUAGACGACAUUGUGGUCUACUAUUAUAGUCCUCUUAAGGAAACCCCAAUGCCGAAAUGGCUGAAGAGUUCAGAUGGUGUUUUGUUGUGGGAGGAGAUCCAGUGGGAUUUUCAACAUAACCGCCUUGUCCUUGAUAAGGCUGUUAAUCUUACAAGUAAACACUUCAGCAAUACACAUGCCCACUUCUAUCAAGCUUAUUCUCAGUGUGAGUUUAAUCCAGAGGAUGAGUACAUGUCAGCAGCUGUUAGCCAUGGUUACAACGGUAAAGAUUUUGUAAGUUUUGAUGUUAAAUCAAGAACAUGGGUAGCUGCAGUACCUGAAGCAUGGUUCUAUAAAAGGAAAAGAGAGGAGAAGUCUGAGGAUCUUCUGGGAAUGAUCCACAGCUAUGAAUACAGGUGUUUCAGGUGGUUGAAGAAGCUGCUAAAUUUCAGCCAUGAAGAGCGUAAAGAGAAAGUUCCUAAUGUUGAACUGGUUGAAAAGUCUUCCCCUGGUACAUCUAAUCUCAAGGUCACAUGUCACGUGACUGGAUUUUAUCCUCGGGAGGUGCAUGUGGAGUGGCUGGAUGAGAGGGGGCACAAAUUGGUAGAUGGAGUGAUCAGUGAGGAAGUGUUGCCCAAUGGAGAUGGCACGUACCAGGUUAGGCGCACUCUGAAAGUUCCAGAUGAAGCCCCAUGGUCCCAAAUCUACAGGUGUCAGGUCGUACACAGCAGUGUGACUGGGAACAUCACUGUGGUAUGGGACCGUAAGAGGAGCUUCACAGCCCUGAUAGUGGGAUGCUCCAUUGGCUUAAUUAUAGUGACUGUGCUGAUUCUUGUAAUAGUAAGAAGACGACAAUGCCAACAAAAGCCGACAAAGCCAAACACUCCACGCUCCAGAGAUGCAUACAUGAGAACGACGACGGAUUUGAACUUGCCAUCUGAACAGAGCACGGAGCAAGAAAGAUUCAGUCCACAAUGCAUUCCUGAUACUCAGUACACAAUGCAUUCAUGAUAUUCAGUACACAAUGCAUUCAGGAUACUCAGUACACAAUGCAUUCAGGAUACUCAGUACACAAUGCAUUCAUGAUAUUCAGUACACAAUGCAUUGAUGAUACUCAGCCACCCUCUAGAAAAUGAACUGUUGCUGCACCCUUUCAUUUUCUUUUUGUGCUGGCAUACCUCCAUCUACAUCCAUUUCAAAGCUUUACUCACAUGCCCUUUUUGUACGAUAUGUGAGGUAGUUGUUUUUACAGUUUUUUUCAACUGCUUACACACUAAAUCUUUGCUUGUCACACAAUUUUCUAAACAUGUCCU